AUGAAUAGCACAUUCUGGUUAUGGCUAAAAUGGGCACUCCUACUAGUAUGCACACUGACAAGUGAUGGCACAAAAAUAAAUUUUAAAAGGAAAAAAAUUUUGUUCCCCUCUUUUACACAAAAUGGUUGGCGGAGAACAGGAAGAGAAAAUCACUUUGCUUCACACACGUUCGUGCGCAGACGGAAAGAUGCCUUUCGCCUGCUCAAGAAGAUAGACAUACCGUUGAAGUUAUCCCAAGGGGAUAACAUAGGAGAAGAAAAUGGAUCCUUAAAUUGUCUAAAAGAAUUGAUAGAAUCGGUCUUACAUAAGAAAUACGAAUAUAAGAACAGCUCCAAGGAACCCAUUUUUACGAUCUCCCAUUUGGCUAGCCAUUUUAUGAACAAUUCGGUAAAUUUACAAAAUGUACAAAUAGAUGAACAAGACAGGGAUAAAUAUACCUAUGAGAAAAAUAGAAUUGGUGAUUUUCUCACAGAGCACAACAUACAGGUUGGUAAAAAUUUGGGAGAACUUUCACAAGUCGAUACGAAUGUUCCACCGAGUAAAGAACAAUCCAGUGGGAGCAUCAACGGGGACAACAUUCAUCAAAGCCAAAAUGAUGAUAACAAAAAUUACCUCAGCGAUGAAAACAAAAUCCUCUGCUUGACGGCGAAAAAUAAAAUUAAAAAGGAAGGGGUCAUAUGCAGCAUACCCAGCUCGAACAUAAUUCACUUUGACUACAUCAUGAAGCAAAUUCGAAAAUACGUAGACCUUUUUUCCAGCACAUAUAACGUAAACUACAUAAAAUAUAUUUUUAAAAACAACAUGGAAGAUGAGAUAAAAGAACUACACCCCCUUACCAUCUUAUUGUAUGACAUUUAUAAAAGGCAUGUCCAUUUCUUAUCGUUCAUGAAAUCACCAUUUAUCUUUUUAAAAUUCUGGGAUGUGAAAUUAACAUUGGUAAUAAUGUAUGUCCACUUCCUAUCUAAAUAUGUAACUAUUUUGCUUCAUGCAUAUAAUUUUAACAACACCUUUUUUGUUUUUUUGGGGAAUUAUCUCGCCAAAAGGGAGAAGCCGAAUGGGAUAAUGCGCAAAAAUUCUACGGGAAGUGAAGAAGAGAGGUAUGAUAAGCCAAGUGAAAACCAAUGUGGAAAACCGAGUGAUACUCCAAAGGAUAGCCUCCUAUGUAACGCUAACACAGAAGAGAAACUAAGCAAGCCACCCCACACACACAUAGAUCAAACAAACUUCGCACUUACACAAAAAACAAAUGACAUACUUAAAGAGAAGACCAAUUUUUUCUUCUAUAAAAAUUACGAACAUUACAUCAACUAUAUUGUUAAUAAGAAACGUCUAUCACAUUUGCCCUUACUCUUCUCAGAUUCUUCUUUUCUUCUUUUCAACAACAUGAAUAUGAAAAAUAUAAUUUAUUUCAGGAGGCAAAUGCUCCACGAAAUAUUAAAUUUACUUAAAAGUGAAGAACAUGAGGAUUCCAACUUUUUAUUGAUUCACAAAAAUGCCAUACGCAAAAUUUUAUUCACUAACAAUAAGUAUUACCAAAGGAUUAGGGAAUUCCUACCCUAUCUUGACAACUUCCCUUGGGAGGAGAAACGAGAAAAUCGCCACGACAUUUCACCUAACCACACGGCAGAUAUUAACAGGUUGUAUCACUUUGCUUUGCUCGUGGGGGAGAGCAACGAAAACGGACCAGACAGCUGCCCAAAGGGACCAGACAGCCGCCCAGACGGACAAUGCAACCAUACAAGCGGAGGUGCGAUGUUCGGCGCACCAAGUGAAUCUCUCCGAGAUACCAUUCAAUCCAUUACAUACACAGAAUCCCUAUUCGAAUCGUUGGAUAAUUUCGUCAAUUACAACUUUCUCAUGCGAAUAUAUUCGUACGUCUCUUCGCAUGCCAUAAGAGUGAAGGGCAAGGUACCUUUAAAUUGGCAGCAUUCCUCGGAAGGGGAAAAAAAUAUAAAUCAAAUAAAGCAUAUAAAUAAAAUAAAAGAGGGAGAAAAUAACCCAAGCCAUAGCGAGAACUAUGAACUGAAUGACAAGAUCCUCAGCAGCAACGUCAAAAUGGAAAAGGUGGAGAAGGCUAUCCAUGAGCUCACCGUAGAGGAAUGCGCUAAGCACGAUUUUAACCAAUAUGAGAAAGCCGAAAAGGAGGAAGAAAACAAAUACAUGUGCCUAAUACCAAUUAUAGACAUUUGUAACCAUAGCAAUUUCUCCAAUAACUGUAUUAUAAAAAAGGAAAUGAAAAAAAGAGCAGAAGUUGAGUCCCACAUCAAGGGGAAUUUGAAGAUGGAUUCCCAUUCUAGGGAUGACGCCAAUGAAACAAACGAAAUGAAGGAUAUUUUGAAGGAGGCGCACAUUAAGUAUAAUCCAAAAGAAGCACAUGAUCGGGAAGAAGACCUACCAAUUAGUAAUUUAGAUCAUGUCCAAUUAGUCAGCUCAAAAGAUAUAGACAGAGGAGAAGAAAUCACCAUAAGUUACGGCAACCUGAGCAAUGACCUUCUACUCCUAGAAUACGGAUUUGUUGAUAAGCAGAACACAAAAGUGUACUUCCAUUUUGACGUGAAAAUUGUAAGAGAAAUAAUUAUACAAAUAUUAGGAUUUGAUAAGUUACCCCUAACGAUGCUGGAAAGUCUACCACAGGUUAAGGUGGAUUUAUUUAAAAAGCUUCAUGUUAUCCAGAACAAUGCGAAUCUGUAUGAACGAUUUGAUGUAAACAACAUGGAGAGCGCAAAAAUUACGAGAAAAAAAAAGGAAAUACUAAAGGAUUAUGUAAGGAAAAAUAAAUAUUUCAACGAGUACAAUAUCUUUACGAUGAAAGAUCGUAUUAACAAAUUUUACAUCGAAGAAAAACUUCAACAUUCGCAAAAGAAAAAUUACCUCUACAUAGGCACAGAAUUUAUUGUAGACCCGAUCCUACUAGCCACAAUACGAGUUAUCAUAUAUGAUGACUUAAACCACCUCGCAAAGGUAAAGGUAACAGAUUUAGUCAAAUGGGAAUAUCACUUGUCACCCCUAUCUGAAAUAGUCGUGCUGCAAAUUUUAAUCAAAUUGAUUGAUGAAAUUAUAUAUGAACAAUUCUACCAUAUCAAUUAUGAAGAAAUAUUAAAGAAGGGAAAAGUUCCAUAUUCUGAUUUGAAAUUUUUACAGAAUAAAUUUCUCCAAAAAGAUUUGUUCAAUUCGGAGAAAUCUAUAGACGUAUCGCACAGUAGCAACUUUAAAAUUGUUAUUUAUAAUAUUAUGAAGCUCAAAGAGCUGCAAAAUGCCAGGAGCAAGCUUACAGAAAAGUUGAAACAAAUGAAGGGACUCAUAAAGGUCUAA